AUGGAGGCUAAUGCAACCCGCUUUUCCUCAACAAUAAACUUGGUGAAGACCAUCGUGGGAGCUGGAAUGCUGGCCAUUCCAUAUGCUUUCAAAAGUGAUGGUAUCCUCGUAGGAUCAAUUUUGACGCUCAUGGCAGCCCUUACCUCAGGAUUUGGGCUCUUUGUGCUAGCAAAAUCCUCAAAGACGCUGAAGGAUCCAAGAAGCUCUUCCUUUUUUACCCUCUGCUCCAUAACUUACCCAAACUUGUCCUUAAUUUUUGAUCUCUCCAUGUUUGUUCAGUGUUAUGGUGUGGGUUUGAGUUACUUGAUCUUGAUCGGCGAUUUGUUUCCCGGACUAGUUGGGGGAUCGCGUCGCGGCUGGAUCAUAGGAAGUGCUGUUGCUAUUGUUCCGCUAUUACUCCUCAAAAAAUUGGACAGUCUCAAAUACUCUAGUAUCUUGGCGCUCUUUGCAGUUGCUUAUUUGGUGUGUCUAAUACUGGGAUUCUUCGUGAGCGAUGUACUUCUUACUGACAACUCCAGCGUUAUUAGAGGGGACAUCUCGUGGAUACGAGUUUACGACUUAAAAGGUCUCGUUAGCACCUUUACCAUUAUCAUAUUUGCAUUCACUGGAUCUAUGAAUUUGUUCAGCAUCAUCAAUGAGUUGAAGGACAAUAGCAUGAGCAAUAUUGAUAAAGUCAUUUCUAGGACGAUGUUUAUAUCUUCGGUUCUGUUUUUGAUCGUGGGAAUUUGUGGGUACUUGACCUUUGGUAGUAACGUAAUGGGAAACAUUAUGCUCAACUAUGAUCCGGAAUCGAAUUGGACGAUAGCAGGAAAACUUUGCAUGGGUUUCAUGGUCGUAUUGUCGUUCCCAUUGCUGUUUCACCCUUGUCGUAUUUCCGCUAACAACAUGGUCCACUGGAUUAAUAUUACGUACGGCAAAUGCGAAGACCACCAUAUUCCACGCAAUGAACACACGCACCCAACUUCACCAAUAUCAAUGGUAGUUGAAGAUGAAGAAGACAGGUUAAUACUUGGAAUGGAAAACGGAUACCAAUCUACCGCAUGCCCAACUUCAGAACACGAUUUGGAGGUGAACCGCGUAGCUAGACCCACAGAGUCAGUGCCUUUCUCUAACAAAAGUUUCUAUAUUAUUACUGCGGUUCUUGUAAGCUCACUCUACGUCUUGGCCUUGAAGGUCACCUCUUUCGCGCUCGUGCUUGGUAUAGUAGGCGCAACUGGUUCAACCUCGAUAUCUUUUACGCUACCGGGACUUUUCGGCUACAAGCUAAUCGGAUCAGAAGCUGCCAAAAAUGGUCGGUUGAUGUCAAAGUCUGAUCGAUUUUACAAAUACUGCAGUCUCCUUUUGACAAUCUACGGGCUUUUUAUUAUGUGCCUGUGUCUGUAUGUAACAUGUUAUUUUGGUGCUUAA